UUAAGUGAAGUUGCGCUAAAUAACCGCGCUUAGGUUGUGGAAUUCUGUAGAAACGUCCUUGGAACAUAGGUUCGCAGCCUUCAGAAAACUUCUUUUGCAUGCAUCACAGUCGGCUGCAAGUCUAACAAAGCGAGUUUUCUUGCCUCUCCACAUCAGCUUUUGGACACUUGAUUGCGGACGGAAUCCGUUUGCCCACGUCCGUCUCAUUUCCCCUUCCUGGUAUUGGCUGCUGACUGACGUCUAGCUCAAAGAGGAAGAAACGAUGCUUGAGGUGAAGAAAGAAGCCUUUGGUAAAUUGCCUCUUGACGGAGGAACCGUGGAAAAAUUCCUGCUCUCAUCCGACACAGUCAAAGUGGAAAUCAUAUCCUUAGGCUGCAUAAUCACCUCCUUGAAGACUAAAGACAGAGACGGAAAGUUUUCAGACAUUGUUCUAGGCUUUGAUCAUUUGGAAGGCUACCUCAGCAAGCACCCUUAUUUUGGAGCUACCAUUGGACGGGUUGCUAACAGAAUUGCCAAAGGGAAAUUUACAGUGGAAGGUCAUGAAUAUCAGCUGGCCAUCAAUGACGGCCCCAACAGUUUGCAUGGAGGAAUCAAAGGGUUUGACAAGGCUAUCUGGUUGCCUGAAAUCCUGCCAGAUGGUGUCUGCUUUUUCAGAAUAAGUCCAGAUGGUGAAGAAGGAUAUCCUGGUGAGCUGAAAGUGUGGAUAUCAUAUACACUCAAAGAUGGGGAGUUAACAAUUAAUUACAGAGCUCAAACUAGUAAGACUACACCAGUCAAUCUAACAAACCACACUUACUUCAAUCUUGGAAGUCAGGGCUCAUCUAAUAUCUAUGACCAUGAAUUUACCAUAGAGGCAGAUUGUUACUUGCCACUGGACGAAACUUUGAUUCCAACAGGAAAGAUCACGCCAGUGCAGGAUACUCCAUUUGACCUGCGGAAGCCUAAAGAACUUGGGAGACAUUUGCAGAAGUUUCAGCUGAAUGGAUUUGAUCACAACUUUUGCUUGGUCCAGAGAAAAGAACCACAUUUCUGUGCCAGAGUUUAUCAUCCUCCUAGUGGCCGAAUGAUAGAAGUUUAUACAACUCAACCUGGUGUUCAAUUUUAUACAGGAAAUUUCCUGGAGGGGACUCUAAAGGGUAAAGAGGGCCAUGUGUACUUCAAGCAUUCUGGUUUCUGCCUUGAAACACAAAACUGGCCAAAUGCCAUGAAUCAGCCUAAUUUUCCAGAUGUCCUGCUGUACCCAGGAGAUGAAUACAAUACCAAAACAUGUUUCAAGUUCUCUGUAUCUUAAAUGAAAUCUUGCUACAAGCUAAUUUUGCAAAAAUAUUUUAAAUGAUUCAAGCAGAUUCUGAAUAUCCUGAUUAUAGCACAAAUUUCAUCCAAGUCAUUAAAAAGUAGUAUAUGGAUAAGUCCCCUCUUCAUAGUAGAAAAGUAACAAAAUUUAAGUUCACUCAACAAAUUGAAUGCUAUUAUCUCUAUCUGCAGUUUACCACCUUUUGUAGCCAAAAUUGUGGAAACCUUUUGGGAAAAGUUGUAUUUUUGAAGUUUGAUAGUUAAUAACGCUUUUUUUUUUGGCAUUUCAAGAUAAUCAUAUUCCACUGCUAGAAUGGCGUGGGAAUAGCCCAAACCUUAACCCAAUUGAAAAUCUAUGGAGCCGACUAAAAAAACUUGUUAGUCAGGAGCAACCCAGCACAGCAAUAAAACCCAGUUAACAGAAGCAAUCAUUCAAUCUUGGUUUCACAUAACAGUUGCAGAAGUGAAAGUCUUGGUUCAUGGGAAGACAUUGUAAGGCUAUAAUUCAUGCUAAAGUUUUGCUUGCCAUUUAACAGCUUAGAACUGUUUUCCACACAAUCUACCCUCGGGUAAUUAGGAACAGUGAUACUGUAACGGCAUCAUAUCUCUCUCACCAAUUUGUUUUUUCUUUAGUUAAAUAAUUCUCAGAAUGUAGCUUAAUUUUCUACUUGUAAACAGAAUAAAAUUCAUAUGGUGAAUAGAUAUGCUGCAACAUGCUUAAAGGGACUUGCGACUGAUUUCUCAUUAGAACCAGAUUUGCAAUGAAUCUAUUAUAAAAUAAAGCACAUCAAAUUCCAGCCAUCAAUUUAUUAGGCCAGACCACUUCCACAGUAAUCUCUAAUCUUUUAGGUGGUAUUUCAUAGAUGGCAUAACCUCAAAAAUAAGGGUUCAGUAUAAAGGCUGAGAAGAGAGGAUCUACUACUUAAAAACAUUAAUGGCCUGCAGUCUCAAUGCUAAUCUUAAAAUUGACUGAAGCCAAUCCCACCUUUCCCAAAGAUAGUAAAUUGGCACUUUAAACUGAAUGUGUUCAUUUUGGCAUACAAUACUGAGGUCCAGAUUUAUCAACAGUGAGACCCCCAUGGAUUUUGUAUCAGAAAGGGUGAGCCAGACCUCUCCCAUUUCAAGUGAUUUAUGAAUCAACUCGUUUUUCAAGCUUGAAGUUUGCAGAACCAUUUCACAUUUUAAAAAAUAGCUUGAUAAAUACAGCAAUAUAUAUUCUAUCACUGUAUGAACGUGAUAUGAGAUGCUAGAUUAAGUCUGCAGUUAAUGGCAGUUUUUAGAAACGAAGCUAAAAUAGUCUAUGCAAUUAACCAAAGAAAGGAAUUUGUGUCAAAGUAGCUAUUGAAGCUUUAUUUCAAUAAAAGUUUGUUCUCAACAUAGAAGGGUACUUCACCUUUUAUAAUUUAUUCAGCUUAUAGGAGGAAUACAGUGGCCAGUAGGACGGACUAUAAAAAGUGUCAAUCAGACAACUGAUUGGAAAUGCAAUCAGACAACUGGGGAGAUACUGCAGCAUUAAACUAUACAGCAUCCCUUAAAAAGCACUGCAACUUAUUUAAUGCCCUUGCAAAUUCCUGCCUUUUACUGCAGAAUCCCUGCAAUCCUAAAAAUGUAUGAAGUAUAACUGAAGCUAUGUGUCUCUGUAGAAAUACUUGAAUCAAAGUGUUGACACUGGGGGCAUACAGCAUUUUGCUUUUGAAGUCCAAAAGAUGCUUUGAGAUAUGUUGCUCUUUAAAGCAGAUACAAGCAAUCUGGGAAAACAGUAUAGCAGUACUAAGAUAUUACAUAGUGUUACUUGAAUUGUUUUUAAAUUUUGUCCACCAAGUAAUGGAAAAUGAUUUUUAGUAGUCUGGUUUUAUUCUUCAUAUAAGAGGCUUAAGUGUGUGGUACAGUAUGUGCCAGACUAGGAUCAGACCCAAAUUUAAGUUUUUGCUUAGCCAUAGAAUCUCACUGAGGGAUUUUGGAUCUUAUUCCAUUUAUUUUACAAGGUUAAUCUAUGGAUGAGAGGCAAAUUCCUUGCAAUUUUGACAGCAGCAAAAAUUCUCAGUGAAUUCUGUAUAAGGGACUAGAUCUAAUACAACUAUCUUAAAAUUUUGGAGAACAAUAAUACUGCUCUUGUCCUAAUCUCAAGAUACCUUAUCUGACAGAGGACAAGUACCUAAUCACUUUGUUAAAUAAUUCCAAAUUGGAGCCAAGUUGCCAUCUAAAUUUAUCUUGGGCUUGUCUUUAAAUACUUAACUCUGCCUGGAAUAAGACACAAUAGUAUCCUGCAGUAUGAAUUAACAGAUCAAAUCAAUCUAUAUUAUAAAAUCAGACAAGCAGCUUCCUUGCUACACCAUUUCAAGUCAUUAGGAUUGUG